AUUUUGAGGAAGACAGGAUGAAUGAAUUCAUACCAUCAGAUUCUGAUGAAACCUCACUGAGUUUAAGUUCAGAUGAUUAUCCUAAGAAAAAAAAGUUCAAAGGGAAAAAAAGAACUAGCUCAGGUGGACAUGAGGAUGCAGAAGUAAUUAAAGUAUGGAAUUCAAGAUCCAGAGGUGGUGGUGAAGGGCAUAAGGAUGAGCUGGCCAGCAUUUCAUCUGUGAUGGUAAAAAAAGAAAAAAGAAGAACAACAUACUUUUCAAAUCCAGGCAGCACUUCUCCAAGGUGGUACAAAGAUUUUAUUACGGAUUCUGAUGCUAAAGUGUUGGAACAUUCUGGAAAAAUGGUACUUCUUUUUGAAAUUCUUAAAAUGGCCGAGGAACUUGGGGAUAAAGUGCUGGUGUUUAGCCAAUCUCUCAUAUCUCUGGACUUGAUUGAAGAUUUUCUUGAAUUGGGAAAUAAGGAAAUAUCAGAUGAUAAAGACAAGCCUCGAAUUUAUAAAGGUGAAGGAAAAUGGUUUCGAAACAUUGAUUAUUAUCGUUUGGAUGGUUCUACAAGUGCACAGGCAAGAAAGAAAUGGGCUAAAGAGUUUAAUGAUGAAACUAAUGUGAGGGGCCGCCUCUUCAUUAUUUCCAGCAAAGCAGGUUCAGUUGGCAUUAAUCUGGUAGCUGCUAAUCGAGUAAUCAUCUUUGAUGCCUCUUGGAAUCCGUCCUAUGAUAUUCAGAGCAUAUUCAGGGUUUAUCGCUUUGGUCAAAAUAAACCAGUCUUUGUAUACAGGUUUUUAGCUCAGGGAACUAUGGAAGAUAAGAUCUAUGAACGUCAAGUAACCAAGCAAUCACUCUCUUUUCGAGUAAUUGAUCAACAGCAAGUUGAACGCCAUUUUACUUUGAAUGAACUGACUGAACUUUAUGCAUUUGAGCCAGACUUACUAGAUGAUCCUAAUUCAGAAAAGAAGAAAAAGAAGGACGCUCCUAUGCUGCCAAAAGACACAAUCCUUGCAGAAUUGCUUCGAAUACAUAAAGCAUAUGUCAUAGGAUAUCACGAACAUGAUUCUCUUUUGGACCAUAAAGAAGAAGAAGAACUGACUGAGGAGGAAAGAAAAGCAGCAUGGGCAGAAUAUGAAGCAGAAAAUAAUGUUGAGUCACUUAAUUCCUUUAUGGGCCUGACUCUGCGUUUCACUUUGCCUACUGUCACUUUCAGCUCUGAGCCUCCAUUUAUUCCUUUGGAUAUGGAAGCCCUCUCAUCCAUGAGCCAUCAACAGCUGGAAUGGAAAGAAAAUACACAAAUGACAGAAGCUCAAGUUUAUUCCUUGGCAUUAAGUAAGCAAGCCGGCCAGGAACGAGAUGCUAAACAGAGAAGCCAUCCACAAUGAUGUAUCAAUAAGACAGCAAAUGUUUAUAAGCUGUGCCCAGCGGAUACAAAUGGAUAGAAAGCUACUACAAUGAUAUAGUUAAGAAAUAUUAAAUCAAGAAGAAGCUUCAACUCAUCGCCUUCAGCUACCAGCACCUCCAAAUCUAGUCAUAAAUUCUUCUGCUUACAAGCAUAUUGAUGUGAAAGGAAUGUAUCAGCCAGUUGUUCAUGGUAUGGAACCCCAACUAAAAAGAAGCAAGAAUCCAAAAGCCUCUCAGAGGAAAUCAAUGCAAUUUUCCUUUAAAAUGUUGAAUGUGUUAUAAAAUUGACACUAGCUUAAUGGAAAUCAUAUGUCUUAAUUCUUUGUUCCCUAUAAAUGUCAUGCUCUAUAUUCUAUUUAGAUUUUUUGUAAUUCACUUUAUUUGGAAAUUUGAGAUUAAUAUUGGCUACAUUUUUGUUGUAUAUGCUAAAUUGAGAAGAGAUUUCAAAUACUUUUCAUUGAAAACUUAUUCAAGAAUAAUAACACAGCAUCUAUACUAUUUCCUCUAAAUUUUGUCAACUGUUUAUUUUCACUAUGAAACCACCCUGAAAACAAUCAAAUUAGUAAAAAAAAAAGUUUCUGUAUUUAUGUUUAUCAUAUCUAAUGUAAGCUGAUAAUAACAGAUAAUUUUGUUUUCUAAUAGUUCUUGAAAUUAAAAAGGAAGAAGUAAUUUCAUGUUGAUUUACCUCAAAUCAUAACUGAUGUUUGACUAAGUUGCAUACAUAGAUGAGAAAUUUAGGAAUGAUUAAUCAUCUUGAAGUGGUUUGCAAUUUUCUUCCACAGCCACCUUUAAGUUAAAUUUUAAAAGUUUACUCUCAGUUAAUUGAUUCCUUAUUUUUUGCAUGAUCCUGUGGUGCAGGAUUUGACCACAAAUUGAAAGUUUUAAAGUAUUUGAAGUAGUUAAAAAGUAUUUAAAGUAUUCAAAGCAAGGUUUGUUUCCUCAUUACAGUUUUUUAUCUUCUAUUUCUCCCCUCCAAAGUAUUUAAUUUAAAAUGUUAGUAUUAAAAUUUCUUCUUUUGAAUAUCUUUCAUAAAUACCUCUCAAUUUUUCUUGUGAUAAUUUUUGUUGUUUUUUUAUUGGUUAAUGAAGUGAAGAUUAUUAGCAUAUAAAAAAGUUCAACAGAAAAAAAUACAAGACAAUUAAAUGAUCCUAUUUGUUGAAAUGAGUUUUCAAAUUUUAAGCUUUUUUUGAGGUUGAGGUUUAACACAUAAGAAAUGUUAAAUUAAUUGGAAAUGUGAAAGAAUGAAGCAAGAAUUGAAAACUUUAGAUAAUCUGUCUUCCCCUCCCAAAGUGUUAGAGAAUAUAUGAAUUGAAUAAAACUUCCAACUUUACUGAAAACUUGCAGGAAAACCUAUUAUAUUUGUUUGAGAUGCCACUUAUAUUUGUUUUAUAUGUUAUCUGGUUAUAGGGGCCUUAAAAGACUGAUUGCUUGUUAAACACACUUUAAAUGAUUUGUUUAUUUUAAAGCCAUUAAUCAUAGUUUUUCUUUUAUGUGUUUUAAUUCAAUUAUGUAGUAAAACUUUAGUCUGUCAUGCAAAAACUCAUAUACCUUUGAAAAAUUAAGCUUCAUUUCUGUUAGAUAUUUUUUUAAAUUCCCUACAAAACUUUAAGUGCUUUAGGAAUUAUUUCACUUCUCAGUUUUUUCAAAUAUACAUAAGAACUAGAAUUGCAUGUCUGUGUGUGGGAUAGAGACCACCUACCCAAAAUAAAAUUCAGAGGUUUCUCUCGGUAGAAACAGAAGUUUUAUUCUUGCAAGUCUCGC